AUGUCAAGUGAGUCACUACCAACUGAAUACGUUCAUUAUUCUUCUGACACUAAAAAGUCUGCAAAAGAAAUUGCAAUCGUUCUAAAAAAUAAUUAUAAUAGGCCAUUACAAGAGGUUGCUCGUAUUGUAGGCAUGUCAGCUACAUCAGUUAAAAAACUAUGUAGGGAUUUAGGUAUUAAACGCUGGCCACAUAGGAAGUUACAAAGAAUAGAAGGUGAAAUAAAAAGAAUAGACGAAUCAAUGAAAGACCCUUCUAAAACUUCUUUUGAAAGAAAUCAAUACCAUGAACGAUACCUUGAAUUAAUACAACUGAAACAACAAGUUUAUGAUGACCCAAAUAUCCCUUUAAGUAACCCUCCAAAAAAAAAGUAUUACUGUAAAUCAACACCCAAUCCAAAACCAUUUCAUCAAAUUAAAUUUCAACUGAAUGGAAAAACAACUCCCAUUUCAUGCUCAACACCACUCAGCUCAAUAGUUUUUGGUCCUGAUUAUUUAGGUGUGAUUAUAUCACAACAACCUAACAUAACGCCAACUGAAUGUCCAAUACCUGAAGCCGAAUCUUAUGAACUUGGUUGUCUUCCUUCUGAAGGUCCAUUACAAUAA